AUUCGUCUCGUUCUCCUCAAUUUCCGUCUGUGACGACUUCCGUAGUGCAGAAAGCUUGCUUCUGAACGUCGCCUCCAUUACAAAAUUGUGCACCACUAGCUCCGAUUCAUUACUUGUCCGUUUCCAUAAUCGUGGUGUUACGACGAGGACAGCUCUCGGAACCCCAACGAACUCGUCUCAUGGCGCAUGCUUCGUCCAUGACUGCUCAGCGGCUUCAGUACCCGCACGUCGCAGCUCUACAUGGUGGCGUCAGAACCAUCCCCGCCCGCAACCGUCAACUGACAAUGACGUCGUGCCAUUCCAUCAACUCAGAAGUCGCAGGCUUGCGAAUUUCACGAGCAGCAGUAACCGCCUUUCGCAAAAUGAACGCGUCUUCCUCUCGCCACAUGUCACGAAUCUUCGCCACGGCUUCCGACUCCUCGUCAAGCCCGUCCCCCUCAGACAACACUCCCGAGUCGCAAGACAAAUCUACUAAGGCGGCGCCGCUAACUCCCGAGUCGCCCCCGGGGAUUUUACUCGAGCAGCUGAUUCUGUCGCACCCGCAUUUGGUGCCGGCGGCGGCGGAGCAGCAGCUGGAGCAACUCGCGGCGGAUGCGGAGGCGUCGGAUGCGGCGAAGGAGGCCGGCGGGAAAAAGUCGAGCAGCGACCUCGUUCUGUACAAGCGAAUGGCGGAGGUGCGGAGCAACGAGCGCAUGCGCGCCAUCAAGGAGGUCAUGUACGCGUUAAUAGUCCAGAAGUUUAUCGAAUCCGGCGCGCCGCUCCUCCCGAAGGUCCCCUUCGUGACCGUCGACCCGUCCUCCUCGCUCUUCCCCUCCGCCGCCACGUCACCAUUCGGCCUAGACCUCGUCCCCACCGUCUCCGUCAAAGAGCAGGAGCUCUCUAGCGUGCACUCCGAGGAAGCUCUAGAUAUGGUUAAAGAGCACCUGGCUACUAUUCUCGGUCCCCGGCCGACUGGGCCCAUGGCGGCUUUAAUUAGUGAUGAUAGAGUAGUGGUGGGGACCAGCAAGCUGCGGCUCGGGCAGGUGUACGCCGCGUCGAUCAUGUACGGGUAUUUUCUAAGGCGCGUGGACCAGCGGUUUCAGCUGGAGAAGAGCAUUGGGUUGCUGAAGGGGUUCAUGGGGGGGGCGGGGGGAGCGGGGGAAGGGGAGGGGGAGGAGGGGGCGCAGGCGGUGGUGUUUCCGCCUGAGGAGGUGGUGGAGGAAGAGGAGGUGAAGGGGGAGAGCGCGGGGGAGGGGGAAGGGGAGGGGGGGAAGGAAGGAGAGGGGGAGGGGAAGUUGGAGCGGACGCUGAGGGCGUAUGUGCAGUCGUUUGAUUCGGAGACUCUUCAGAUGACGGCCACGAUGAGAAGCAAGGAGAGCGUGGAGGUGAUUGAGCGGCACACAGAGGCUCUGUUCGGCAAGCCCCAGGUGGAGGCUAACGCGGAGGGAGUGGCGGUGGUGAAGGACGAUGCAGCGCGGCUCACAGUGAGCACGCUCCGACGGCUGGUGCUCGAAGCUGUUGCGUUCGGAGGGUUCCUGUGGGACGUGGAGUCAUUUGUGGACUCGAGGUUCAAGAUCACCACGCCCUAGGGUUGCAGUGCAGCUACUCUAUUCCAUAGUGAGGAGGGAGUGGCGCUGGUGAAGGAUGACGCAGUGACGCUCACAGUGAGCACGCUCAGACACCUCUUGCUCGAAGCUGUCGCCUUAGGAGGGUUCCUGUGGGACAUGGAGUGGUUUGUAGACUCUGUAGGGUGUACAUGAGAUGUACUGAGGAGGGAUCUUGAGUGGUACGUGUUUAAUUCUGUAUAGCUAGACAAAAAAUU